AUGGCGGAGACGGGGUCUGAAGAGGAGCAGGACUUCAAACUGCGCCUGGCGCAGCAGGCAUUCCUGAUCAAGAACAAGGAAAUCAGCGGCGUCGAUCGCGAGAAAUUGAAGGCCGAGAUCUUGGAGGUCGUCUACGGGAAAGAUCUUGCGCCAAUUUACGAGCACCUGUGCAAGACCCUGGGCUGGGGAGUGGAUGCCGAGAGGCUGGCCCGCAUGCAGAAGGCCAAUGAGGAGCGGCUGCGGGAGUUGGACGAGAAGAUAAAGGAUGCGGAGGAGAACCUGACGGAGACGGACGUGCGGGACGCCUGCCUCGCCAAGGCGGACUACCUGGCGAGCAUCGGGGACAGGGCGGGCGCAACGGAGGCGUACAAGACGACGGAGGAGAAGACGCCUGGGGUUGGGAACAAGAUCGACAUGGUGUUCAGCAGGAUGAGGCUGGACAUGUUGUAUGGCGACUGGGUUGCAGUGAAGGCCAACCUCACAAAAGUCAAGCAAUUGUGUGAAGAGGGAGGGGACUGGGAGCGAAAGAACAAAGUGAAGGUGUAUGAAGCCGUCUUUUGCAUGACGAUCAGGGACUACAAGAAGGCCGCAGACCUAUUCCUGGACGCCACUGCAACAUUUGCCACGCCUGAACUUUUCCCCUUCACUUCCUGCAUAUUCUAUGCAGUUGUGAUGGCCAUGGUGUCCUUGGACCGUGUCUCGCUCAAGAAGAGGGUCGUGGAUGCUCCCGAGAUAUUGACUGUUAUCGAGGACGUCCCCGACCUGGCAUCUUUUCUCAACUCGCUGUACCGUUGCAAGUAUAGUGAGUUCUUCCAGGCCCUGGCACGGAUGGCUGAUCGGAUACAGGUGGACAUGUACCUGUACCCUCACUUUAGGAACUACUUCAGGGAAGUCAGGAUAGUGGCAUACUCACAGUUCCUGGAGUCCUACAAGAGCGUCACCAUGAAGUCCGUAGCCGCAGCGUUCAAUGUCGGUGUGGAUUUCCUCGACAGGGAGCUCUCCGACUUCAUUGUCGCAGGGCGGCUGCAUGCAAAGAUUGACAAAGUCGCUGGGGUCGUCGAAACCAACAGGCCAGAUGCCAAGAAUGCCCUCUACCAACAAACGAUCAAGCAGGGGGACCUUCUGCUGAACAGGAUCCAAAAGCUGUCCAAAGUGAUUGACCUGGAAUGA